CCAAAAGAGAGUAUCCAACAUGUGGCCGCCAACAUAAACUGAACUUCAGGUGGAUAUUAAGGUUCACAUAUUGUCAGUCUCUUUCUCCCCUCUAAUUUUCAUAUUGGUGAAUCAAAACAGGACACGAAUCUUCUCCCUCCACCUUGUCAAUUUUUGAAAAAAAGAAGAACUCCUUUUUUUUACCGAUUCUUGAUUGCAUAACAGUAAUAGUAGUCGAGCAAUUUUGUUGUGUGUAGAGAAAAAUAUGGUUGUGGGGGUUCUUGCUUUGCAGGGAUCUUUCAAUGAACACAUAGCAGUGCUGAAGAGAUUGGGAGUCAAAGGUGUUCAGAUAAGGAAGCCAGAACAGCUGCAGAAUGUUACUUCUCUUAUCAUCCCAGGAGGGGAAAGCACCACCAUGGCAAAACUAGCAGAGUACCACAACCUGUUCCCUGCUUUGCGUGAAUUUGUUAAAAUGGGAAAUCCAGUGUGGGGUACAUGUGCAGGCCUUAUCUUCUUGGCAAAUAAAGCAACUGGGCAAAAAACUGGAGGACAGGAACUGAUUGGGGGUCUUGAUUGUACUGUUCACAGAAACUUCUUUGGGAGCCAGAUUCAAAGCUUUGAGACAGAACUUCCUAUUCCUGAGAUUGCAGCUAAAGAAGGUGGUCCUCCUAGUUGCCGUGCUGUCUUUAUCCGUGCUCCUGCAAUUAUUGAAGUAGGACCAGAUGUCAAAGUGCUAGCGGACAUCCCUGUCUCGUCUGCUGAAACUGCUAGCUCCAGUCCUGCUAUUCAGAGUGAAGAGGAGUUAACCAAGUCUGAAAAGAAAGUAAUUGUUGCUGUAAAGCAAGGGAACUUGCUAGCUACUGCUUUUCACCCUGAGUUAACUGCAGAUACUCGGUGGCACAGCUACUUCUUGAAGAUGGAGCCGGAAACUGAAGACGGGACUUCUGCUAUCGCCUCCACAUCGUCUGUGGAUCUGACCUUCACAGGCCGAGCGAUGAUUGAUCUUCCCAUAUUUCAAUAGCAGAAAGAGAAUUACUACAAAUGAAGGAAAACCAUUAUGAAAUAUCGAAGGAUUCUACCCAUAUUUUCUAAUGUUUCUAAUUCCUACCCAUUGAAUUGUAGUUAGUUAAUCCAAAAUGCAGCCCAUAGUGGACACUAGAUGUUGCUGUUUAAAUCACUGUACAUAAUAGCUCAAGUUUGUCUUCCUCCUGUUUUUGUUCAGGAUCUUGAUUCAUUGAAUUACAAUCAAAAAGUAGUUUAUAGAAAUUUUUUGAUAGUC